AUGGACACGCCGGCGGCGAUACAGGACGCUCCCUUGCCGAAGCCAAUCAUGAGCUUCUACCCUCCUCACAAGACGGACCUCGACGGCACGAUGUGCUUCUUCCUCCUCAAGAACGGGGGAGAGGGCAAGGUGAUCGCGGCGGACCACACGGGCCGCUCCGUGCUCUACGAUCUGGGCCUGCACGCCAUCCGCGCCAUGCCCAGCAUGAAGGCUCCCAAGUGCAUGCCCGUCUCCCUCACCGUCCGGAACCGCCUCUACGUCCUGGACCGGAUCCCGUCGCUGCCGGACGGCAGAGAGCAGCAGAGCUUCGAGGUUCUCACCUUCCGUCAGCCCCGCUAUGACUACGGCGACUGGCGAUGGCGCUCUCUGGAUGUGCCUCCUUACUUAUCGGAGCCAACCUGCGGCCCCUCUGGCUCUGGUCACAUUCAAUCCUACGCUCUGGUUGCCGGCUCAAACAUCUGUAUAUCCACCGGCGGCGUCGGCAGCUACUCCUUCGACACCAAGAAACGGGUGUGGAGCAAGUCGGGGGACUGGGCGUUGCCGUUCAGCGGCCUUGCUGAGUAUGUGCCCGAGCACAAGCUCUGGUUCGGCAUGUCGUCGUUGGACAGAGGUAGGGCCUUCUGUGCGUCCGACCUCGCCGCCGCCACCGCGGUUACCCCGCCUCUGGUUCACGGAGUGUGGGAGGAUGCCACGCCACCAAUUGAAGGAGACCUGCUGGUGUCCUAUGCCGUGCACCUCGGCGGAGGAAAGUUCUGCAUCGUCAGGUUUCUUGAAGUUGGCACGUGUGAAAGGUUACUCAUGGACUUUGACACUGUGGAGACCAUCGUGGUGUUCACCGGCGUAGAGGUGGAGAGAUGCGCUGGAGUGCUUCAUGCCGUGCAGCAUAAGUCGGUGCGUUACAAGCUUGCGGACAACCACAUCAUCCACUGGGUAUUUCAAAGAACCAUACUGUUGUUGGGAUAUCCUUACUAUGUGGGUUACUACGUGGGCUGUGAGCAGAUAGUCAGUUUUCUGAAAUGCUAAUUUGUUUUUUAUAAAUAUAUCUGAACAAGCAAACAUUUUCUGAACUGCAAUUUUUUUUCUAAAAACCAAAAACUUUCUAAAAUGCAUUUUUUAUAGUGCGGACAUUUUUUGAAAUAUUCGAGCAUUAGAAAACAGCAUCUGAAUUUUUCAAACAUUUUAUAAAUUCCAAACAAAAUUUUAAAAUCUUUUCAAAAGUUCUAAGCAUUUCAAUUUAUUGGACAUUUUUGAAAAAACUAAAGAAAAAGAAGUGAAAGACAAAAAAAAACAAAAACAUAUGGUAGGAGCCUUCUAGAAGGUUCUCAAAAAGCGGGUAAUGCAGUACGUUUGCUCCUAAAUGGGUCAGCCUAAUAGAGAUCACUAUGUGAGUCUCGUUGUGCUUUUGAGAGACAAUUUGAUGGAGAGAACAUCUAAUAGGAAAUUGUCUGUUCAAGGCCAUGUAGGUAUUUUCAUAUGGCUCCCAUAUUCUUUUAUGGAAAAGCGAAAGUAAAAAAAAUAAA